AUGUCCAACCAGGCGAGCGUGGGGCAGCGCAUUGCCAUCGUCUCUGUCUACGACAAGACUGGCCUGCUCGACCUGGCCAAGGGUCUUGUCCAGCAGAAUGUCCGCAUCCUCGCCUCUGGAGGAACUGCCAAGAUGAUCAGGGAGUCUGGCUUCCCGGUUGAAGAUAUUUCCGCCAUCACCAAGGCCCCCGAGAUGCUGGCUGGCCGCGUCAAGACCCUCCACCCCGCCGUGCACGCAGGAAUCCUCGCGCGCAACCUCGCGUCGGAUGAGAAGGACCUGGCCGAGCAGAGUAUCGACAAGGUGGACUAUGUUAUCUGCAACCUUUACCCCUUCAAGGACACCGUUGCCAAGAUCAACGUGACCGUGCCCGAGGCAGUCGAGGAGAUCGAUAUCGGCGGCGUGACCCUGAUCCGCGCUGCUGCCAAGAAUCACUCCAGGGUCACGAUCCUCAGCGACCCGGCCGACUAUCCCGAGUUCCUCAAGGAGCUCGAGAACGGUGAGGUCAAGGAGUCCAGCCGCCAGCUGUAUGCCCUGAAGGCCUUCGAGCACACCGCCGACUACGACGCCGCCAUCUCCGACUUUUUCCGUAAGAAGUAUGCUGCCGACGGUCACCAAUACCAGGCCCUGCGGUACGGUGCCAACCCACACCAGAAGCCCGCCGAGGCGUACGUCAAGGAGGGCCAGCUGCCCUUCAAGGUGCUCUGCGGCUCGCCUGGCUACAUCAACCUGCUCGACGCCCUCAACAGCUGGCCUCUGGUCAAGGAGCUGAAGCAGGCACUGGACAAGCCCGCAGCUGCUAGCUUCAAGCACGUCUCACCCGCCGGUGCCGCGAUCGGUCUACCCCUGAGUGCGGAGGAGAAGAAGGCCUUCUUUGUCGAGGACAUCGCAGGCAUCGAUGAGUCUGGACUGGCCCAGGCCUAUGCCCGUGCCCGUGGUGCGGACCGCAUGAGCAGCUUUGGCGAUUUCAUUGCGCUGAGCGACAUUGUCGAUGUCGCAACUGCUAGCAUUAUUUCCAAGGAGGUGUCCGACGGCGUCAUCGCACCAGGGUAUGAGGAUGCGGCGCUGGAGAUUCUCAAGAAGAAAAAGGGAGGCAAGUAUCUCGUUCUGCAGAUGGAUCCCGAGUACGAGCCAAGUAAGAGGGAGGCGCGCACUGUGUACGGUGUGAUCUUGGCCCAGCAGCGCAAUGAGGCUGCCCUCUCUCCCGCUUCCUUCAGCACAAUCAUCACGCCCAAGGACAAUGCCAACGUGCCCGAGAGUGCGCUGCGCGACUUGACCGUCGCCACGAUCGCGCUGAAGUACACUCAGAGUAACUCGGUCUGCUACGCUUACCGGGGCCAGAUCAUCGGCCUAGGUGCUGGCCAACAGUCUCGCAUCCACUGCACGCGUCUGGCGGGCGAUAAGGCCGACAACUUCUGGCUUCGCUUUAACCCCCGCGUCCUUGGCCUGAAGUGGAAGAAGGGCACCAAGCGUGCCGACAAGAGCAAUGCCAUCGAUCUGCUGGUUAGCGGCGAGCUGCCCAAGGACGGCCCUGAGCGGGAGGCUUUCGAGGCGACGUUCGACGAGGUUCCCAAGCCUUUUACCGAGGAGGAGCGUGAGGAGUGGCUCAAGAAGCUGACUGAUGUUGCUGUCUCCAGCGAUGCCUUUUUCCCCUUUACCGACAACGUGUACCGCGCCGCCAAGUCUGGUGUCAAGUACAUUGCUGCUCCCGGUGGCAGCCAAAACGACCAGCCCGUCUUCGAGACGGCCGAGAAGCUGGGCAUUACCUUCAUCGAGCAGAACAUCCGUCUGUUCCAUCACUAA